CAACUGUUUUCAGUUCCACGUAAAACAAUUUUAGUAAACAUUUCAAGAUUUUAUAGUGGCAGUCUUUAAGACGGGAAUUAAAUGGUGUAUUCACCUUACAAAUAAAUCAAGAUGAACAUUCUCGACAUGAUUAAUACGCUGGACAUCAAUUGCAGUGAAGAUGUUGACAAAACAUUGCAAAGUAUUGCCGAAGAGGAGGCAAAUAUCGAUGCCCGGUUAGACUUAGUCUCGAAACAGCAAUGUCAGAUUGAGGCCAAAAUGAGUGGCAUUGGCCGUGCAAUGGCAUCACUUCUGACCGUGGACAAUGAUUGCAACAAGUUGAACAUGCAAAUUAUCAAUACAGCUCAACUGGCUGAAUCCGUGAGCGCCAAAGUACGCCGCCUAGAUUUAGCCCGGUGUCGCGCCUCAGAGUGCCAACAGCGCGUUCACGAUCUAAUUGAUCUACAACUGUGCAGUCAGGGAGUCGUUAAGGCUAUCAGCGAAGAGGAUUAUGAGAAGGGUGCCGGUCAUGUGGCCCGGUUUUUGGCCAUGGAUCAGCAGCUCUUGCAACGUACAGCUGAUGAUGUUCAGGGAUCGAUUACCUCUGUGAGCGAUGCUGUACGCACUCUGGAAGAUGCCACCGAAAAACUUCGAGAUCUAAUUGCUAAACGUUUCGAUGAAGCUGUCAAAAACGAUGACUUGGCCUCGGUGGAGAGGUUCUUUAAGUUAUUCCCAUUGGUAGGUUGCCAUCGCAUCGGUGUAGAGAAAUUUUCCGCCUACAUAUGCCUCAAGCUGUCGGCAAAGGCACAAAAAGAAUUGCGCAAUACACAAGAUAUAGCCAAGGCGGAACGUCGUCUACAAUUGGCCUAUGCGGAUCGUCUGACUGCGAUUCUUGAGAAUUUUGCACGUGUUGUGGAAGUUAAUCAGCCCAUUAUUGAGGCAUUCUAUGGCCAAGAAUCUACUUCAUUAAUAGAUAUGGUUACUAUAUUGCAACGCGAGUGUGACACUGAGGUGAGGAAUCUCUUGUUGGAGUUUAACAAGAAUCGGCAAAUUCAGUAUCGCAUCAAGCAAGUCAAUGAAAGUGCCCAAAGGUCAAGUACUACAGGCGCUGGCACAACUAGUAUCCAAUCUUUGGGACAUUAUCGCAAACCGUCUGGAGGAUCAAUGGACAAACUAAAUCCAAAGGAAAUCGAUGCCAUCAUAGCUGAAAUAACAGUCAUGCAUUCCAGAGUAGAGCUCUACUAUCGUUUCAUGCGUCGUCGUAUGCAGGUUAAUGCUGAGACAUUUGUGCAGGAGAAGGAAGAUCAGAAGAAGAUUACAGAUCAGUAUGAGAAGGUUAUUAAAAACUCAGAUCUCAGUCGCCAAAUGCAAGAACUUUUAAGUACAUAUUUACUAUUCGAGAGAUAUUUUAUGGAGGAAAGUGUUUUAAAAGCCAUUGGACUCGAUACAUUUGAAUCGGGACAGCAAUGCUCAUCAAUUGUUGAUGAUGUAUUCUUUAUAUUACGUAAAUCCAUUAGACGUUCUCUGACCACCCAAUCCAUAAAUGGAACCUGUGCUGUCAUCAAUAAUGUUGCCUCGUGUCUAGAUGGUGAUUUUAUGUCUGCCUUAAAAGCUCCAUUAAAAAGUGGUUAUCCCUCGGGCUAUAUAGAUUUAGCUCAUGCAUACAAUGCAAUACAAACGACCCUGCAGCAGGGUAAACUGCAUUCCAGUGAUGCUGAUCGAGGACGUGCAAAUUUUCUUGUACAAUUGAAUAAUGCCGAUAUGUCGACGGAAUAUAUUGAGACACUAUGGCAGACAAUGGAACAAGAGAUUGCCGGUACAUUCCCAAAUAUGAGUUUAGUGGAGCGACAAUUGUUGGAUAGUUGUUUGACCGAACUGAAAACUGUACGCGACACCCUUAAGGCCACUGUCGAUUUUGGAAUGCAGCAGUUGCGUUCGAGUGCAAUAAAACCCCGAUUAAAUCCUUGGGUCGAUCAAUUUUUAAACUAUAGUCACCAUUUAACAGAGGAGGAGCUUGCCACUUACGAAGCCGGCGAAACAUUUGUACAAUUUUUCAUUGUGCAAUUGGAUGGGCUUUUGAAUUCGUUUAAAACUGCCUUAAGCCCACGAAAUUAUGAUGCCCUUGUGAGCAUAUUAGCGACAGAAGUGACCACUCGAUUGGAGAGAGCUAUUAAAAAAACCAACUUUAAUCGGCUCGGUGGUCUGGUCUUGGAUCAGGAAGUACGUGCUCUUGGGGCAUAUUUAACAGGAGCAACAUCAUGGUCGGUUCGGGAUAAAAUGACGCGACUAUCGCAAAUAGCCACGCUUUUAAAUUUAGAUAAGGUCUCAGAACUUGCCGAAUAUUGGAAUCCUGAGAAUAAUUCUGAAAUGCCUUCAUGGCGUCUAACAUCAAAUGAAGUACGCACAAUUUUAACCUUAAGAACCGAUUUUCGCAUAGAAGACAUUAAGCGUUUGCAACUAUGAUCUGAUCGAAUUGAUUGUGUUUUGUCCAGAACUAAACCAAUGAUUGUAAUCCAAUCUUAAUAGCAGCUGCGACAAUGGACCCAAAAUGGAUGCUGAUUUUAUGUCAACCAAAAGUUGUACAAGGCUGGCAAUCAAUACGUUAAACCUGCAAUAAAAAAAAAAUUAGUGUGUCAAUAUUUAUAACCAAAUAUGUAUGAUGUAAAACAUAAAAAAAUGUAUGCAACUUA